UGUCAAUUAACAGUUUCAUGUCAUGCGUGUUUGCAUGUAAUUCGGGAUUUAACCAAUUAAUAAUCUUUUAAACUAUUGCCUUAUUAAAACUCAAGUGUUUUGAUAUAACAUUAGAUAUCACAAGAAGAAGAAUACACAUAUUUAUAAAAUUAACAUGGCUGCAGAAGCAGUUUCUAUUCCGCCAUCGGUUUCAUGGGCACAGAGGAAUGCUCGUGUGUUUCUAACGUUUAAUGUGGAAUGCGAAAAACCAGAUAUUAAAUUUGAAAAGAAAAUGGUAACCUUUAAAGGAAUAUGUGCUCCUGAUAACAAAUUGAAUGAAGUUGAAAUACCAUUGUAUUCAGAGAUAGAUCCGGAGAAAAGUAGUUACAUUAACAAGGGCAGGCUAAUUGAGGUUGUCUUAACUAAAGAGAAACAAGAAGAACCAUUUUGGCCUUCAUUAACCAGUGAUAGGAAGAAGCAUCAUUGGCUUAGAGUUGACUUCAAUAGAUGGCAAGAUGAAGAUGAAAGCGCUGAUGAAUUUGAUAAUACUGAUGACAUGUUCUCAAAUAAAAUGGGUGAUUUUGGUGAUGAAUAUGAAAAUGAUGAUUCCAGCUCCAUUGAGGACGAGGAUCUCCCAGAUAUCCAAUAAACAGCUCUUGUUUAUCAUUUGAUAAAAUUUAGAUACUUAUUCCUAUAAGAUUUGUCUUGAUGGUGUGCAUUUUAUACAAGGAAUUGCAAUGUGUCUUAGAUAUUUGUUACAAUUUAACUCCCUGAUCUGAUAAUUAAUAUCAUCGGUUUUUUUAUGAUUUUUUCAAGUAUAAGGAACAAAUUAUAGUAAUAAAUUUACUUAAAUAAUUUCAUAAACAUUGAAUGCAAUAAAUAUCUGGACCACAUUUAUUUUAAAAUUUCCGUCUUCAAAUAAAGUUACAUUAAUCUUUUGUUAGUUAGUUAGUUAGUAGUGGCUAGUAUGGUGUGGAUUUUGUUGGUUUAAGAGGUCAUUGUAACUAUAAUGGAUAUUUUCGCUCUGGUAAUCCAUAAGUUGUCUAUGCUGUGGGAAAUACCAAAACCUAUUUUAAUCAAGUAGUUUGCUAUUUUUAAUCUGCAAAGCCUAUAAAGUAUGUAAUAAAAUAUAUGGCCAUAAUGAAAUUGACUCUUAAAAAGGGGUUUUAAGGUGUCUGUAUGUUUUGUUUUAAAUAUUGUUUUCUUCAUAGAAUUUAAGGGUGUUUGAUGAAUAAGUUUUUAGUUAGAAAUAAUAAAUUUUAAGUUGUAAUUGUGAAAAGCUGGAACCAUAAUUUGUUUUUGUGAAAUGUUAGAAAAACCAAUCACGCUAAUAUUUACAAAAGUAAAGCACUUUCUUUUUAAAUGUGUUAUGUUUUUUAUUUUAAGUAAUGUCAACAUGUUUUUGUAAAACUGGAAACUAUUUUAUUUGCAUAGCUAAGUAGAUCUUAUAUUUGAUUUACGUAAAUAGAAUAUAUUGUGUUUAUCUAUAAAAUUUGCAGCUAAAUAUAGUUUUUCCGACUGAA